AGGAGUCUGCGCUGCGAUUGGACAGCCGUGUGACGGACGGCGGUUCCCUGCGCGAUCGCGGGUGAGUUGUGCCGGCCGCGUCCCGAGCUCUGGAAGCCGCUGUCGUCGUCGUGUGUGCUGUCUCGGUCCAGCUCCGCCGUCAUGGCGCUGUUAGCGGAGCACCAGUUCAAACAGCUGCCGGCGGACAAGCAGAUCGACACCCGCGCUUUCCUGGAGAGCGUCUCCUACCUGCCCACCUUCUUCGAUUGCCUUGGCACCACAGUGUUUUCACCGAUCAAAGCAGAUCUAAUGGGCAACAUCAAUAAAAUUAAGACUGUGUUUGAGACAAAUCCCAUAAAAUUCAAGACAUUACAAAUGAUUCUUGAAGGUGAAAAGGAGCUGUAUGGCACAAGCUGGCCAAAGGUUGGAGCAACGUUGGCAUUAAUGUGGCUAAAAAGGGGUUUGAAAUUCAUACAGGUAAUGCUGCAGAGUAUUGCAGAUGGGGAGCGUGACGACGCAAAUCCAAAUCUUAUUCGAGUCAAUGCAACAAAGGCGUAUGAGAUGGCUUUAAAGAGGUACCAUGGCUGGUUUGUACAAAAGAUUUUUUCUGUCGCAGUUUACGCAGCUCCGUAUAAAUCAGACUUUCUAAAAGCGCUGUCAAAGGGCAGAGAGGUUAAAGAAGAAGAAUGCCUAGAAAAAAUAAGGCAGUUUUUAGUUAACUUUACAGUGACUGUUGAUGCUAUCUAUGAGAUGUACACAAAGAUGAAUGCAGAGCUGGAUUACCAAGUUUAAGACUUGCACUGACAACCUUUACUCCUUUUCCCCGUUUUUACUCUUUCUCUCAACGGUAUACCCUGUAAUCACUGUGAUUUAAGUUGCUGUUUGCAGGGUGGUGAUCGUUAACCUGCAGUAAUCAGUGUGGAGACAACACUGAUCAUGUGGAGUUGAUCCAUGUGCAAGUUGCUGCGUCCACCUUUUCACUAGUGCUACAAUAACGGUGAAUUAAAUCGGCACAACAGUUUUAUCCCACUUGUCCUUUUGACCUAUUUGAUGGAAUAAUGCUGUGUAUAUUUUCUAAAUUUAUUUUACUAGUUAAUACAAGCAAAGUGGGGGUUUUCAGUGGUUACCCCCUAAUGCAUUUAUGACACUUUACCACUUAACACAACCUUUGAUCAUUUAUAAAAUGUUGAAAUAAAUGUGGAGGCGUGUUAAUCUUUUCAUUAAGUAGAUAAUGUGGUCUUUCUAAGGUUUUGGGUAAAUAAUUUCUGCUGUAUAAAGUGAAGCUACAUCCUUGAUCUAUUUUGAAGCAUAAUGGAUGAUCUGUGUCUGCUAAAGUUGAUUCUAGAUGAACUGACAAUUUUGGGGUUAAAUUUUGCACUGAAUUAACGUGUAUCAUUGAUUUUUCUCUCCUCCCCCCCCACCCACCCACCCACUCUCUCCUCCCCAGUCCCAUUUCAAUAAGCUGAUGUUUGGGUUGAAAGUGCCCAAUUUUGACUGCCUGAGGCCUUUCACGUGAGCCCAUGCACGAUACACAAGCUGCUGAAAGAAUGGCAUAGCUCAGUAAAUUCUCACUUGCUUUUCCUCAUUCUAGUCAUGGAAGUUCAUGCCUGCUGUAGUCUUAACAAAUUGUCCAACAAACGUUAACUAAUUUGGGACAGAUUAGUCUAGUGCUGUUUGAAAAAGAGGCUGUCACAUGUACAGUUUAAAGCUUGCUAAAUAUCGAAAUGCAAAGCAUUUCUUUGCCUUGUUGAAAUGGAAUUUGGAAUUGGAGUUUGAGAGAGUACUUUGCAGUCUUUUUCUAAUCCUACUUGCAGAACUUCCUGUCUGAGUUUACUGUCAUGUAUCAAAGCAGUUUCACAAAGCACAAUUUCGAUCAGUGCUCUCACCUAUAAGCUGCCACUGAUUGUAAAUUUUAAAUGGUUCUUGAAGAUGACAGCAAAGAUUGAACACAGAAUUGGAAAAGAUCUCAUUGCCCUACAGUAUUGGAAAAAUACAGAAUAUAUCACCAUCUGAAGGGGUUGCACUCUUUUGAGAGGGUCGGGAACACAGACAAUUUAAAUGCUCUUUUUAAAAUGUGAUUUACAAAUCAACUAGUUGGCAAAUAUCUUGGCUAAUGUUUGAUUGUAAGUAAUAAUUCUCAUUUUUUUUUCCUACCUUCCUUCCUGAAAAGUUCUUACUUUCCAUCGAUAGAACACUUUGUUUUUCUUCCAGUCUCAGUACCAUCUGGCAGGCCUUUUUUUUUGAGAACCUGAGAAGUGAUUCUGCAGUGUUUGACUGACCAGAGAAGUUGGUUGGAGGCAAAUUAAAAUGGCCUGUUAUUCGAUGUAUUGAACAUUUUUUUUCAUCUGGUGACUUCAGAUUAUUACCAGGAACAUGAUCUAUCUUUUUAAACCUUCACUUUCCCGGACUAGCAUGGGUACAAAAGUGACUUGUAAUAACACCUGCAGUUUUCUGUAAAAGGUAGUUCCUGUACCCACUUCGGUGAAAUAUGUUUUUUGACUAAACUUGGCUAGUAGGUUACUUGCAUUUGUAGCCCAUAACAAAUCUAUUAAGUACUGAUCUUCUGUUGGUUCCUUGGCAGGUCUAAUUUAAUCCUGAAUAUGAUGAAUUAAUGGUUUUAGAGAAAUGGUAGCUUUAGCAAAAUGGUAUUAAGUCAUUUUCUGAAACUAACUAGAGAGAGUUUUUUGUAUACAGCAGUACUUGGGUAGUUGUAGGCGGUAAUUGAAACUUCUGAAAUAUCACUCCCUCUGACAAGCAUAAAAUUCAUGGAACACACAUCAAAGUUGCUGGUGAACGCAGCAGGCCAA